GACACCGAAGAAAGACGGAAAUGGAGUUGGUGGAACAGUCACGAAGUGGGUGCGCACUGUGACAGAGCAGUGUGUUUUCUACUUUAUAAACCUGUUCUCGGUAUUAUUUUUAUUUUUAUUUGCGUUACCAAACAGGUGAAGGCUUGACACAUCACUCGGAGCCAGGUUAGUGCUUAUUAUACGUCAGUUUGGGGUUUUAGUGAAUACCGAAAGGAAACUGAAGCGGGCCCGUGAAGCCAUGGCUGACAGUAUGGAUGAAGAGAUGCCGGAAGAGACUUUGCCCAUGCAGCAGGACCUGACCUGUCCCGUGUGUCAGGGCGUGUUCCGGGACCCCGUGCUGCUGCCGUGUACCCACACCUUCUGUCGGGAGUGUCUGCAGAGGAGUUUUCAGUUUAACAGAAAGUGUCCCGUCUGCAGGGAAGUGUUCAAGGAAGAGGACCCAAUCGCCAACCGCGCGCUCAGCAGCGCGUGCGAGACCUUCCUCAAAGAGUCGAGUUUGCGUACGAACCGGAAACGGCCCACCAAUGAGAACAACUGUAGGCUGCACCUGAAGCCGCUGGAGCUGUACUGUGAGAAGGAUGAGGAGCCCGUGUGUGUGGACUGUGUGACUCUACACAACACACAUAAGCUGUGGUCAGUGAGAGACGGGGCACCCAUGUGUAAGAAUGAGCUGAACUUCAAAGUCCAGAUUUUUGAAAAGAAAGUGGAGUCAUACAAGAAAAUGACCCGUAAACUGAGCAACACGGUGGAGUUCAUCAAGUAUCAAGCGGGGCAGGCAGAGAAGCAGAUCAAGGCAGAGUUUGAGAGGCUCCACAAGGUGCUCGUCACAGAGGAAGCUCUGCGUCUCAAAGCCCUGGCUGCAGAGGAGGAGCAGAAGAUUGCUGCCGUAAAGGAGCUGAUUGAAAACACAAACAAGGACAUUGAAACUCUGACCAAGAUCAGUGAUACUCUGAAGAGAGAGAUGGGCAACGAGGAUCUGCCCUUCCUGCGGAAUUUCCAGAAGUUAAAGAGAGAAGCCCAGUGGACUCAGGACGAUCCUUGUCUCCCUAACGACUCUCUUUUGAACAUGGGCAAGCAUGUCGGUUCUCUGAGCUUCAACAUCUGGAAGAACAUGCAGGCCCAUGUCAGAUAUAAUCCAGUGGUGUUGAACCCAAACUCAGCCUCUCCAUGGCUUUCUAUCAACGCAGACCUGUCCAGUGUGAAGGAGAGCUCCGAGCGCCUGACCACCCCAGACAACCCGGAGCGCUUUGAUCCCUGCGUCUUUGUCGUCGGUGCUGAAGGUUACACCUCCGGGAAACACAAAUGGGAUGUUAUUGUUGGUGACAACCCCAAGUGGAUUGUGGGCGUGUGCAAGGAGUCAGUGCCCCGAAAGAAGAAGUUCACGGUCUCUACGAACCGUGGUGUGUGGUCCAUAGGACUGAGCAAAGGGGUCUACACUGUCUCGACACCUGAGCGUACAGAGGUGCAGGUGCAGCAGCGCCCUGAAAGGAUCCGUAUUAAGCUGAAUAUAGAUAAGGGAGAGGUAUCAUUUUGGGACGGGGGAGCAGCAAAGCACCUUGUCACUUUAACACACAAGUUUGAUGAGAGGAUGUAUCCUAUUUUCGGCCCUGGGCUCCAUAGUACACCUAUGAUUGUGGCUCCAGCAAAAAUAGCUGUACACACCUCAUGAUGGGCCAGUGUACUGCAGAGGGAUAGUUGUUGACCUAACGGAGCUUUUUUAAAAAACAAGAUGAACAACACUUCAAUCAGGGGUGAAUUACAAGUUAAUGUAGUAAAUAAAAGAUUAAAAUCUGCCAUUGAGGAGAGAUGAAACAACAUUUAGGAAGACGAACAGGCAUGGGAUCAUUAAAGAAUAUUAAAGACACAAUACACUGAUUGAAAACCUCACAAAAGUUCAGUUUUUAAGACAGACUGGGGCUAACUUUAAAUUUAGCAUAAGGAACUUGUGUCAGAAAAAAAUGUCAUAAAGAAAUUCAGUUUAUUAAAAGGCUUGCAGCUGCAUGAUGCAUACUGCUGGAUACUGACGGCCUACAGGAAUCUGCAGCAACUGAGAUGUGAUGGUUUUCUCAGCCUGCAGAGGAUGAUGGAGUCCAAAGUUUUUAGAUGUGCCUUAGCUGGAGGAAACUGGAUUGACCGGGCUUUACUCACUUUAUUACGGAGAGACAGACCAGAAUUUAAAAAAGUGACCAAUACUGAUAAACAGUCUCUCUUGAUUUGUCAUCAUGCUGGAGGAAAUCUGUGACAUCCUUAAUCAUUAAUAUGCGAGUAGUGAAUAAAGAAAAGAGUGUGAACAUAAUUGAAGUUGCUUGCUUCAGUAGGUCAUGGGGCUGUCGUGGUAGUAGCUAUAUUAUCUUUACAUUUUCAGCAAUUUCAGUUCUAUCAGGAAUGAAUUGAAUGGAGUGCCUUUAUGCUCGGGAAAUCUUUUAAGCAUUGUAUUUUUAUAUGAUUUUGUUGAUUCUGCUCAAAUGUAGUGAUCUAACAUUUUUGUAUUUGAUUGCUUUUCAUUGCACACUACACAAAGUUGUAUUGCUCGGCAGGACACAGCUGAGGCAAGACUUUGAGGGUGGAUGUAUGACUAUUACUACUGCUCUGGUAUGCAGAAAUCUGAAUUUGCUGUCUCCAGAUGAGCACUUGAUUGAUAAACAUUAUGCAUAUUGAUGUGGUGAGAUUGCAUACAGGUAAAGGAUGUGACAAACUUUUUUUUUUUUUGAACCAUAUAUUAAAAUAUAAUAAAAAUGCA